AUGGGCUUGAAUAGUUUGCCCAAACGCAUUAUGUUGCGGCGGCGCGAUGAUAACGAGCUGCUCAAUCUAAAGCCGGAAUGUGGAUUGCCGCGCAUAGCGCAGAAUACGUUGCAGAAGCGCAUCAUUGGCGGCAGACCGGCACAGUUUGCAGAGUAUCCGUGGCUGGCGCACAUACGCAUUGCUGAGUAUCAGUGCGGCGGGGUGUUGAUAUCGGCCAAUAUGGUGGCAACGGCGGCGCAUUGCAUACAGCAGGCCCAGCUGCCCGAUAUAACCGUGUAUCUGGGCGAGCUGGACACACAGAAUCUGGGGCACAUACAAGAGCCGCUGCCCGUGGAGAAGCACAGCGUGCUCCAAAAGAUAAUACAUCCGCGCUUCAACUUUCGCAUCACACAGCCGGACCGCUAUGACCUGGCGCUGCUAAAGCUGGCCCGGCCGACGGGUUUCAGCGAGCACAUCUUGCCUAUAUGCCUGCCGCAGUAUCCCAUUCGGUUGGUGGGACGGAAGGGAUUAAUCGCCGGCUGGGGCAAGACGGAAGCGCAUAUGGGUCAUGCGGGCACCAACAUGCUGCAGGUGGCCAGUGUGCCAAUCAUAUCCACCUUGGAUUGCGUGCGCUGGCAUGAGAGCAAACAGAUCAGUGUGGAAAUCAAAUCGGAAAUGUUUUGUGCCGGUCAUUCCGAUGGACAUAUGGAUGCGUGUUUAGGUGACUCGGGCGGUCCGCUGGUCAUCAAGGAACAUGGUCGCUUUGUGCUUGUGGGCAUUACGAGCGCCGGCUUUGGCUGUGGCGUGGAUCAUCAGCCAGGCAUCUAUCACAAUCUGCAGAAGAGUCUGCGCUGGGAUAAAUGGCUGAGCCUGCUGCUCAUCUAUGUGCUCACACCCAACAGCGUGUGCGCUGUGGGCUAUCCGACGGCACAGCAGGAGCAUGACAUGCUCAUAUUAGAUGCGCUGUCACGUCGCAGCGGCACCGGCUAUUACGGCGAGAACAGCGUCAUGGAGAUGCUAUCCAGAAUGAUACCGCAGUCGUGCCGCUUCCGUGGCCACAAAUUCGAGUGCGGCCUGUCCAUCUCGUGCGUCUUGGGCGGCGGCAAACCUCUCGAUCUAUGCUCCGGCGGCAUGAUCUGGUCAUGCUGUGUGGACAAAGAUCUCGAUGCCGAGGAGAGUCCGCAUGCGGCGCCGAUCAACAAUACAAGUGACAUAAUACACUUGCACGACAUUUAUCCCGACUUGUCGCCAACUGCCAACAAGCCGGCACAUCAUCAGCCACAUCACCAGACGCAACACAACAACAACAACAAUAACGGCCUGUCAGCGGCCUCGUCAGCACGGCCGGCCUAUCCCAGCCACGCCUAUUACAGCACAAAGCGUCCAUCGCUUUACAACGGCAAUCCCUAUAAGCCCACUUCCAACUCCGGCUCCGGCUCUAGUUCAUCUGUACAUCGUCCCAGCGUGUCGAGCUUAAAUAGCUGGGAGCAUGACUCGAAUCAUUUGGGCAUCACCAAUCAUCUGGAUAGUUUCUUUGAUGCAGAUGCACCGCCGGAUGGCGCUGUUGCAACGCGUCCACCCAUAUUGCACGAGCCGCAGGCACAGCCAUUCGCCGUGGGCAAUGUGCUCGAUCUGAAUGCAGGCGAGGCGGUGGAUGAGUAUCAAAGUGGUGGCUACAACGACGGCAGCUUUCGUCCAGUGCCGGGCUGCGGCGAGGUGUUUUCGCGCACCAAUCGCAUUGUGGGCGGCCACUCUACGGGCUUUGGCUCGCAUCCCUGGCAGGUGGCGCUCAUCAAGAGCGGUUUCCUCACACGCAAACUGAGCUGCGGCGGUGCAUUGAUAUCGAAUCGCUGGGUGGUCACUGCCGCUCACUGUGUUGCCACCACCACCAAUUCGAACAUGAAAAUUAGGCUGGGCGAGUGGGAUGUGCGUGGCCAGGAGGAACGUCUUAAUCACGAGGAAUAUGGCAUUGAGCGCAAGGAGGUUCAUCCUCAUUAUAAUCCCGCCGAUUUCAAAAAUGAUGUCGCACUCAUACGGCUGGAUCGCAAUGUGGUUUACAAGCAGCACAUCAUACCCGUCUGUCUGCCACCGCCCACCACAAAGCUGACGGGCAAAAUGGCCACCGUUGCGGGCUGGGGACGUACGCGGCAUGGUCAGAGCACGGUGCCCUCGGUGCUGCAGGAGGUGGAUGUGGAGGUAAUCUCGAAUGAUCGUUGUCAGCGUUGGUUCCGCGCCGCCGGCAGACGUGAGGCCAUACACGAUGUCUUCCUCUGCGCUGGCUAUAAGGAGGGCGGUCGUGAUUCCUGCCAGGGCGACAGCGGCGGGCCGCUCACGCUUACGAUGGAUGGCCGCAAAACACUGAUUGGGCUUGUCUCCUGGGGCAUUGGCUGUGGCAGAGAACAUCUUCCUGGCGUCUAUACCAACAUACAGCACUUUGUACCGUGGAUCAACAAGGUUAUGGCCAAUGACAACAAUGCGUGAAUA